CAAACUCAAACACUUUUCGUAGACUGCAAAGUUGACUGGUUUUGAAGACUACAAGGUGUUCCAUAAAUCGUCCCAGACGACGUAUUGUAGUUGAAUAUUGGGUACACACUAAGGAACAAGGAGCUCUGCGAAAUGGCAUUUCUUGGACGGGUCAAUAGCCAGGGAACCCUUAUCGACUGUGAGGUAUUCAGCGGCCGUGCAGCCAAGAUCCAGCCUCAGCAGAAUUCAGCAAGCCAAGUUAGAGAGGAUGAGACGAAUGCGCUGCUUCCAAAGACAAAGGGCUCCCGGACCUACAUCAAGACCUACGGCGAGGUUAGUCUGCUGCGCUCCAUGGGAAGCCCCAGCACGGUGCGCUACGUGGGCAGCUCCGUGUCGCCCAGUGAAAUCAACUCGUUGGACGAGACGGAGACCUCCACCCUGCGCUGCUGCUCGGUUAUGUCCUCGGGAACCCUGGAAACGUUGGAGACUGAAGGUAACUUACAGGGAGAGGACUUGGUCCUGCAGACCGAGUCAAGAACACUCUGCCUGGAUCUGGGCAGUCCCAGCAGUAGCGACAGUAGCAGCAGCAGCAGCAGCAGCAGCACCAGGUCGAAUUCCUCCGACAAAGAUUCGACUACCUCGAUGUGCAGCUGGGAAGAGGCGAUGUCCCGGGGAGAGAGCAUGCUUGCCUCGCAAGAGAUGCCAUUCAGCCUCAGCCUGCCCUCCCUGUGUUUGGGUUCCAACGGUGGAUCGCCGCCAUUAACCUACACCCGCCACCUUGAUCCCAUCCGGGUAGAGCGAUCCGCCGAUGAAGCCUACGAAAACUGGCUGUCCGGCAAGCGCCGCCAGUGCCAAUACAAAUUACAAGCGGAGCAAGCUGAACUGAAGCUGCAGAGGGAGCAGACGGCGAUGCGCCAACAACUGGCCAAGGAGAAAUACGAGCAGUGGUGCCAGCAGAAGUCUCGACAGGCCUCCACAACCAACACGAGUAGCUCCAAACCCGUUCGGCCUGCUCAGAUCCCGUCACAGAAAACCCCCGCUUCUGUACAGAGCCACCUGCAGAAGUGGGAGCUACAGAAGCUCAGGCUGGUGGAACAGCGUCGCAUGGAGCUGCGAAGAGCUGAGCAGCGAAGGCAACAGGAAAGAGCGAUCCGCCGGCAACAGGCGGAGCAGGCCUUCAGUCGAUGGAUGAGCAAUGUGGACCAGAGACCAAAGCCGGUCCCCUCCAGCCAGGGGAUUAAGUCUCUGCGCGGCACCGUAUCCGACAUCUUUGUUAACCCCAAUCAGUGGGUGGAUUGAGUACCGAAAGAUGGCUGGUAGAGAGUCGGAUAAGUGAGAGGUAGUUUACAAGUUUACCCGCCCUGUGAUGCCAAAGUUGUUACCAAGUGAACCCAUAUUUACGCCUUUAACUUUAUUAAAUACCUUAAAAACUCCCAA